UGUGAGAGAGAAUGGAGGCUGGUCUGCAGUCAACGUUACAAAAAGUGAGAGUUGGAUAGCGUGAGAGGACGUCCAGAAGCUCUGCACAGCGGGAAGGCCCUUCAGCGGCUGGGGUAUCAGACUGGACAGCUAAGAGACCUGCACGCAUCUUGGGAAUUAAGGAAUGUCUCUGCACUUCCCAGAUCCUUCAUAUCUGUGUGAAUGUGUGUGAGUAAUUGUCUCUCUGUGUGUGUUUGUGUGUGUGUGUAAAGAGAUAGAUCCAUUAUUAGUAGCUGAAGAGAGGAUCUUGUGUCCAGAUGAGAGAGUGGACAGAGUUGGAGAUGAGCUUUUCAGCAGGGGGGUUUCUCUCCACCUCGGAUGGUUACUGCUCCAGCGAGCAGCUCCAGUACUACGACAUGCUGGCUGACCCUCUGGGCUACCCCCUGCAGGACCCUGACCUCCAGCUGCUCCCUUACAGCCAACAACAGUACGCCUCUGCAAACCUGCCCUUCUCCCUCUACGGCUCGCCGCCCUCCUCCACCUCCUCACCGUCCUCCUCUUCUUCCUCGCAGCUCUGCCAUCCCCCGUACCACUACACAUCUCACUGCCUGGAGGUCCCCUGUGACCCCAGCACAGAGUCCUACUGUGGAGGCCUGGUUCAGGGGAUCGGAGCGGUGGGGCUACCUCUGGGACGGAGGUCCCGGGUGGGGUCGGUGGGGAAGAGCAGAGGUCAGGACGAGCUGUGUGUGGUGUGUGGAGAUAAAGCAUCGGGGUAUCACUACAACGCUCUCACCUGUGAGGGAUGCAAAGGCUUCUUCAGGCGUAGUGUCACUAAAAAGGCUGUGUAUCACUGUAAGAGUGGUGGGGCCUGUGAGAUGGACAUGUACAUGAGGAGGAAGUGUCAAGACUGCCGGCUGAGGAAAUGCCGUGCGGUGGGAAUGCUGGCUGAGUGCCUUCUGACCGAGGUGCAGUGUCAGUCCAAGCGACUGAGGAAAGGAGGUAAAGGCCGAGGACAGGAGGACGAGGAGCUGACAGACAGCAGGAGGGUCAGCUCCACCAGCAGACUACCUGGACAGACUGUGUCCACCAGUUUAACCCAAGAACAGAAGUAUAUAGUGGACCGGAUGGUGGAGGCCCAUCGCCUGUACAGAGCUCAGGGCAGCAGCCACAGCAGGUUGUUCGAGUGGCCUUACACAGAAGAGGUGGAGGGUCUGUCUCAUGUUGUGUCACCACACCUGGACAGACUGCUGCAGUUCGCAAGAACAGUACCAGGUUUUGAGCUCCUGGAUUUUUCCGACCAAAGCUCCCUGUUGUCUGUCUCCUCACUGGAGGUCAUGUUUCUGCUCUCGGCUCAGCAGUUCUCCAACAACCCAACAAGCUCCAGUCCAGCCCUGCAGGUUUUCAGUACAUCAACACACAACUGGCUGAGAAAUGUAGAAUCGACGGAAAACCUCCAGAGUAUGACGCCGGUCGAGUCAGGAAGCGGUGAGGAUCUCUUCGGCCCGGUGCUCACCUUCUUCCACAGCAUGAAAACUCUGCGGGUGACGGAGGCGGAGUACAGCCUGCUCACUGCCACAGCUCUGCUCUGCUCAGACCGGGCGUCCCUGCACAUCACCAGCUGUGUUGAGAAAAUGCAGGAGCUGAUCCUGGACCUGCUGUCCAGGGUGUGUGGGGCCCAGGCCAGAGCCACGCGAGGGGGACCACAGCGGUUUGGCCGCCUGCUUGGCAGACUGACGGAGCUCCGCACCCUCCGUCACAAUUACCUCCUGCUGACCAGACAGCAGCCUGGACCUUGACGGAGAAAGUUUUGGACUGAAUGUGCUUGUGGACUGCUCUAGUUUUUUGACCAAAGAAAUGUUUAUAGGUCUUUUUACAACUGUUUUUAGCCGACAUGUACUUCCCACUUUGCUGAGUAUGGUUAAAAAAAAACUUAAAUGGAAUUUUUACAGAAAUUUCCCUAGUAAAACACAAAACUGCAGUUAAAGUAUCACAAAAUGUUUUUAAUUCAGCAUCUAUUUUCCAAAAGGAGGAAAGACCGGUUCAGACAAAAUAUUUGGUGAGCAGGUAAAAUAUGCAGGUAUUACAAGCUUAUAAAGGUGUAUUUGUCCAUUUGACAAAAUGGGGCUCUCAUCAAUAAAUAGACACUUCUGGGGGGUGGUGGUGAGUGAAUGAUGGCGAUUGAGUCAAACCAUCAACCAAACAUGAUUCAAUCUGUUCAAAUGUUUGCUGUAUGUUUUAUUUUUUAAAACCUCACUCCAUUUGUUUUAAAUAAAAUUUAAUUCUAAACUUUUAA